AUGAAAAAUGUGCAAAGUAGUCACGAUAAAGAAAAUCAAUUAUCAGUUAUGAAGAUUUCUACUUCAACUCCGAUUAUUGCCAAUGAUACUGCUACUACUUCGACAAAUGCUACUCCGGGAAAUAAUUUCAGUUGUUUAAAUCAAACAAUUAUUGAUAUUGAAAAUAUCUUGUAUAAAAACUGUAUAGAACUUAGUCAACAUGAAACUAAAUUAAUCACAUUAUUAGAGAGAUCUGAAGCUAUGGAAAAAAAUGCAAAACAAUUUAAGAAGGUGAAUAAAAAAUUCAAUCUACUCAAAUGGAAACAAAAUAAAUUCAUGACAAGUUUAAUAGUUAUUGGUGCAACGAUAUUAAUAAUGAUUAUAAUAUUACUACUAAUAUACAUUUAG